UACCACUGAUCUGAACGCUAAGUUUUCAUCACUGUAGGACUCGCCUACGUACACGACAGAAUGAAGGGACCUGAAAGACGUUUACUUACGUUAAAUUUCGUAUAAUUUUUCUGUCGCGAUGGCUGCUAAGGUGAAAAUUAAAAAGCCUAGCUACAGGGGUAUCUUGUUGUAUAUUCAGAAUAAUUUGACUCAAGAAGAAAGACAUAAUUGGGUGUUUUUAAAAGAAUUACCCCAGAAGGAUACAGAAGAUUGUGAGAACAAUUUCCGCAAUUUCUGGGUUUACAUGUUAAACAGACCCAACGAAUUUAAUUACGGCGAAGACGAUCCGAGUGAACUGUUUGAUGACCUGCUUGACAUUGGACGUCAGGAUAUAUGCAAGGCAGCCAAGGAGAAGUAUGAACAGCUUAUAGAGUACAAGCGGUCUCAGUUAAGUAGCGAAGGACAAGGAUCUAGCCCUUCUGGCUCAGGAACUCCUGCUCCAAACCCGCCGUCUCCUGGAUCACCUGGUGUAGGUAGUAAUAUUAGCCAAGGUCCUGUUCCAUCCCCGAGCACGCCCAAAGGUCAGCCUUCUGCGUAUUAUCCAGUCUCUCCACCACACAACAGCCCAAGAUAUCAUCAUGGUGGUACUUCACCUGGAGCAACAGCUUAUGAAGCACCACGCAAAGUCCCAGGAUCACAGUCUCCGGGUUCAAUACCAGCAGCCUCCCCUACCACUUCACCGGGAGCAACAGCUUAUGAAGCACCACGCAAAGUCCCAAGCUCACAGUCUCCGGGUUCAAUACCAGCAGCCUCCCCUACCACUUCACCGGGAGCAACAGCUUAUGAAGCACCACGCAAAGUCCCAAGCUCACAGUCUCCAGGUUCAACACCAGCAGCUUCCCCUACCAGUGGAUACUUACAACAGAGCUCAGCAUUAAGCCCAAAUCCUGGCGCUGGUACUACUUUUAGUCAUGGAUUAAAGAGCACAGAGCCAUUACCACCAAUGCCAAGCAAUGUCGUCCAAAUGCAAGGUUUACCCAGUGACCAGUCAUCUGCUGGAGUGGUCCAUGCCAACACUGGUCAAGAUGUCAGUUCAGUUAGUUUACAGAGAUCUCUAAAAAGCAAGGAACCUGUGGGUAAUCCUGCGGUUGUUAAUCAUGGCUUGAAGAGCUCAGAGCCACUCCGAACAAUGCAAAGUAAUAUGGUACCAGGGCAAGGUGAGCCUGUUUCAGUGACCCCUGCUCAUCUGUCUCCUGCUAACUCAAACUCUCUCAUCAGUACAGCAUCACCACUUAUAAGCAAUGAACCAACUGGAAUUGGCCAUUCAGGUAAUGCUAAUGCUGAGCAGCUUCCACAUUCCAGUUCAGGAUCGAUGAUGAGUUCAGCAAGAUCUUUGCGCACUAGUGAUGAACAAGCAGCUUCACAGAUACAAGUUCAAGCACACGCUUCAUCCCUGGGGGCCGCUGGUAACAUCAAUCACACCCUAGAACAUGCGAUCCAACCAUCCUCAACACCUGAUCAUCUAAGGAACAUCCAACGACUUGUCGAUCUCAGUCUCAGUGAGGCAGAGGAGAUUGCGUCAAGGGUUACAAGUAAUCCCAACCAACAGCAGCCUGUCAUUGGUGAAGGCGACACUGUAAGAGACAGUGCAAAUGCCCCUUCUGGAGCAGAGGUUCUCCCAGCAGAUGUUGUCAGAGACUCUGCAUCAGAUCAAGAGCAAGUUGGUGAAACUGCAGCAGGGGCACACGCUUCUUCCAUUCUUGACUUCCGCAAACCUCGAAAAGACAAGAAGGUUACAAAAAAUUGAGAGGCUACCAGGUGGAAUUAGCUGACCCAGGACUCCAAGGUGUCAACUAUGUAAUCUGUGCUCCAACAGGGUCAGGAAAGACCA